AGGGACAGAGACCAAAAUGCCUGCUGUGUCUAAAAUUAUGAGCCACACCAUCGCACCAGUGAUGCCCUCCUCAAUUCCUUCAGAUGCUCUUCAGUUUAGAACUUCUCGCCCUUUCCGAUUCGGGAAAUCCCCUGCGUGUACUCAAACCCUAGCUCAUUCCAGAAGGAAAGUCCAGGUUUUCUCAAAAUCCUCUGAGACAGAGCUCUCAGCUGCAGAAAAAGAAUGGCUUAAAAAGCUUCCUGAGAAGAAUAAACCCUUGUAUUCUCACAGUCUUUCCUGCAUAGAGGCUUGGCUGAAGAAUUUAGGAUUUUAUCAGAGCAGAGAAGACCCAGCAGUUUGGUUUAUGGAAAAACCUGAUUGGCACGCUCAGUCAUCUCUUGAUCUCACCGAUCUUUAUAUAAGGUAUCUGAAGAGUGGACCUGGAAAUCUAGAGAAGGAUGUGGAGAGGCGACUUAGUUAUGCUCUGAGUAGAGAAGAUAUUGAGAAUGCAGUACUUGGAGGACCAUAGAAAAUGUAUUUUCAGUCCACAUUGGUGGAGGGAGAC